UAUAAGGUUUGCUAUUGUUUUUCAGUUUGUUCCUCGCGUGGUACACACUUUCCAAGUUAUUCAUUUGCGGAUCAAUAUCUUACAAGCCCCAAUUAUCCCUACAACUAUCGUCCUUCAACUACUUGUCUAUGGAGUUUGAGUCGACCGUCAUCGCCUUACGCUGUAAAGCUUACAUUCCACUACUUUUCCUUGGAAUCUUCAUCUGGUUGCACGCACGAUUACCUAGAAAUUCGCGAUGGUGACUUAUACUCUAGGAGCACACUGAUUGGAAAAUUUUGCGGGAGCAGACAACCACCUAUAAUAGUAUCAAAGUACAAGUAUCUUUUUGUGAAGUUUGUCAGCGAUCGUGAUUACUUUCCUUCGACACGAAAAUUCCAGGCAACGUUUAGAGCCUUUGUACCAUGUAAGUAUUUGAUAGAAACUCUCUUGGUGAGUGUGUGACCAAGUGGAGUUGCAAAUUAUAGGAUACUGUUACGAGUUUUCAAUCCUGUCCUUUAGGCUAUUAGCUAUCUAAGCAGAGUUAGGCGUGCAUUGUUCUCCGAAAGCUUGACUUUUUCAUGCUUUUUGGUGACAAGAGAGUGCGAAAUUUUAGUGGCUUAUGAUCGUCCAUACCUUUGUCCAAACCCGAAGAAAUAUCAACAGACAACAAAAAUCAAUACCAUAAUGAAUCAGUACUAUCUCCAUCUAACGAAAAACCUUGGGACGGGUGUGGGGAUCAAUCACAACAACUAAUUUGGGGACUGAUGACACAAUUAUAGCAUCAAAAGCUUGCAGCUAGCCUCCUCCGCAGCCAGGAAAUUCUUUUUGUAACGGUUACACUGACCGUGAGGGGUCUGAAAACUAGGAAAAGAAAAAAAAAAUGAAAGUCACUACUCGUUUCCUCUCCAUUCUUCCACCCGUCCUCUAAAACAAGACAGUGAAGACUACGGUAUAUGUGUACGAAAACUGAUGAAAAGCCAAAAUGCUAAUUUUGUAUUUCUGUUGACAUUCCAGCAAUGUUGAGCGGCAUUUGCUCGAUAAACAGUCCAUUUCUCCAUAACAACAACUUACGGCUGACUAGUUCAUCUCGAGGGACUUUUCGAAGCCCCUCUUACCCCUCUUACUACCCAACCAACAUGUUGUGCACCUGGAAGAUCACCGCGCCGGCAGGCAAGAGGAUCAAGAUUUCUUUCAACUAUUUCAGGCUUGAAAGUGGUAUUUGUUCCUCUAAUGACUUCCUGGAAGUUCGAGAUGGUUCGUCUUCGACGAGUAUAAGGAAAGGCACUUACUGUGGAAGCUAUGCCCCGACUAUUACUUCUAGUGGCCAAUAUCUAUGGAUUCGCUUCAGAUCUGACUCUUUAAUUGGCUAUAAAGGCUUUGAAGCUCGUUAUUCAUUUGUCAAAGUUGCUUGUAAGUAGUCACAAGUUUGCUGUCUGAACUCACUGUACAGAUAGUGUGGUGAACUUGAAUUGAGGAAAUAGCUAUGAAAUUAGAAGCUGAGACGUUCUCAAUACUCUUUUAUGGUUGCAACAAAUUAGAACCAGUUACCUGACAGUCUCUUGCCUUUUCAAAAUGAUUGAAUGGAAACGGGUACUAUACUGCAGCUGGAGUAUUGAGUAUGGAGAUUUGUAGCUUGUUCCAGGCAUUCAGAUUGUAGGGAUGGCGCAAGGAGGUGGGGUAGUGGGUGAGAAGUAAGGUUUCCUUCUCUCCCCAUCUCCAACUAUUCCUCCUUAUUCAUAAUCACCCCUGAAAAGGCCCUUUAUCAAAAAGCACUUUGGAAAAUUUAAAACAAUAUAAAAAUAGCGCUAUAUUUUACGCGAGAUCAGGCCCAUGUCAUGGCGUUUUUACGGACUGAUUUAAUUAUUUUAGAGUUUAGAGCACUUUUUCCCGCGAAAAUGGAACCUCCCCUCCGUCUCUGAAUGCAUUCGAAGGGUAAGAUUUGAAAAAGGAAAUUAAUGGUUAUUAAAAUGUCAAAAAUAACAUUUUCGGGUCCGAAGGUUUUGUUGACGGGUUUGUGGGACUUAAUUAAAGAUAUUUUGCAGUAUAUGUUGCAGUUUUUCUUUACGAUUUUACCUUUAUUUGGUCUGAAAUCAUACUUGUGAUGUCAAAUCGAACUCGCGCUGCGCACUCGUCAGCUUUUGAAAUCAUGCGCAUGAUUUCAGACCAAAUUGUAGUCCACUCAGUUUAAUUACCAUUGUACAUUAUACAAGUUAGCUAUUCAUUCAUCCACUUAUCUACUGUUCUUUAUUCUGUUUCCUUAACCAGCAAGCAAAGUAGUUACCGUGGUUGCAGUCGUCAUAACAAUUGCUAUUAUAAUAGCAGUGAUCGUCGCCGUCAUCUACUACUUGAAAAGAAGAAACAGACGCGUUGUACGAAUUCAGGCUGUGCCCAUUGCCACCACCACAACAACUAUGACCACUACUCAGCUACCCCCUGCUGGAUACCCUCACGUGAUUACACAGCAGUACCCACCUCCUGGUAUACACCCUACUCCAGCCCCACCCCCUAGUACCAUAUCUUCUCUUACCCUAGGCUCACAUCCUCAAGUGGCUUAUCAAGCGGCUAUUGUACCGAUCAAUCCUGGUAAUGGAGCCUACUCAAAUCCUCCGGGGGCAGUGCCAACAGCGCAAGCUCCCCCUCCCUACUACUGA